AUGGAGGGUAAAUCAGCAAUCACCAUCAGAGACGGAGAACAAAAAUGGCGCCAAGACGGCUUCGAAUGGUCUGUUCCUCCGACGAAGAAGAGGAACCACAGCACCACCACCAACCACCACAAAUCGAAUUCUGCGACGACGAUAUAUUAUAUAGAUAUGGAACUACAAGAACCUACCCUAAACCUAGAAACAGUAACCAUAAACUCCUCAAACCCUAACCAGAACCCUAAUUCUAAUCCCUGUGGAGCAAUCCAGCUUGAAAUCUCCAAUGACGACUUCAUCGACGUCCCUGAAAACUUAUCUCCUCUGCCUCCACCUGCACCAGUGAUUUCCACUCAAUUUAUCAAAUCAUCUACAGUGUCGACAAUGAAUAGUACUACCGAUUCCAACUUUGAAGCCUCUGAUUGGCCCGAUCAGUGGCAUUUUACGGGGGAAUAG